AUGGGGACAAGAGGCCUAUGGAACUUACGUUCUGCCGGGAAAUGGUAUCGCUUGCACGAACUAAGGAGCCGUAUCCGAUCCCCAAACGAGCCAGAAACUGUGCGGCGAAUAAAGUCUAUCAUAGCUUCACUCGAUAACUUGGAGGAAUGGGAGUCAGUUUCCUUUCCCAGUCCGCUACAGUCGAAUUUGGACUACGUGUACACGAUCGAUGUCGACGCGGGAACCUUAACAAUCACACGAUGGGAGAGCCUCAAUGGCUUGCUUCAGCCUUUUCCGCGCCAGAUACCGCUAUCUUGUCUGGAUGGAUCUCAUGGCUUGACGCUGGAUUCAUUAACUCCGGUUCCGGGUGAGAUAUCAGAGCCCGAGGACGGAGGAGAGCCUUCGACGCCACAAGUCGUACCGAAUCAACUUCUUAUUCAUCCUGGGCCACCCACAACACUGAAUGAGCUACAAUUCAGGAUUUUCCGCGACUUCUGUUUUAUAUGGCGAUUUUUCAUUGACGAUCCAAUGACUUGGCGAUAUCCCUCUAUGGCAUUUAACACAAUUGCCAUUGGCCUUCUGCGUAUUGCAGCAUGGGAUCUUGAAGUAUCAUCCGACUCUCAAAUUCAUUAUCCGGAAAAUAGGGUAAAUUUUCCUUACUGGGACGCGCCCCAAACAGAUAUUUUCUGGUUCCACGGAUACCUUGUUGUGCUUCAUGGAAAUAUCAAUACAAAAAGCUCGAUCUUGGCAGCUAUCUCCAAGGCUCAAUCCUUCCUUGAGGUUUCCCACAAGGAUGCCGCCCAUUUAAUUAUUUUAUCACUUCGACAUGUUGCAUUUGUUGAGGUCUCAUCCAAGUCUGUUUUGUGCUCUCAGAUUCUUCCCCUCUUUGUCAACACGUCGGCUCGGCAUUGUUCCCCAGGGUUUCGAUUAUUGAGCUACGUUCUGAGUUCGUGGUGCUGGAAACCAUCACUUGCCCACAGGGAACACCUCGGAGUUGGUUUGCCACCAGAAACUUUGGAUCUGAUCCUCGGAUCUUGCAGUCCCAAGGGCGCAUUGACACUGUCACAAUCUUCCUUUAUUUUUCAAGAGCGGUAUUACUCAUCAAUUCCGCAGAUUCAACAUUUUACGCUACGAAGUUUUAAGCACUCCGUGCCCUGCUGUGGGAAGAAGAAUAGACUUCGCGAGAACUGGGUCUAUUGCCCGUCCUGUUAUGCCUGUAGACACACUGAAUGUGCCGGUGUGAGAUCUGAACCGCAGGCAGAUUCUCAGGUUAUUUGUUUUGAUUGCAAAAACGGUAAGCUUUGCACAGAACUCGUUCCUGGAGGCAUCAAUCACAUAACCCGGCGGUUUUCUGGUGAAGACUGUGAAGUUUCAGUUGCUGGUUCUCCCAAGGUACUCCGCAUUCGGUUCUGGAAGCCUUCUCAUCUUUGCCCAGAACUGCGAUUGCUUGGAAACCUUGUCCCCAUUCCACCUCGCUUGAUUAAUUUUACAAUUCGCUUUAAUGGCGCAUUUGCCGGUGUAGCAUACGGGUUGGAUGAUUCAUGA